GACUCAGUCGUGGUAGCGCUCCGGGGUGGGGCUGUGUCAUUGCUUUUGGUUCCACUUAUCCGUACCUGCUCACAACUCAUUAGGAAAACUGAACCUACCUCUGUCAAAGGUACCUGAAGAAAAAUACAAUGUCUAUAUCCAUUACGAACAAGAAAGUUGCUGCUGCUGGCUUUUGUCUCAUGCUGGCAGUGCUAUCACACCCGGUUACCGCCGAAGAAAGAGCGCUUCUCUGGAGCGAAGAGUUCAACAUCGGGAGCCAGCCAAGAUCUGAGACUUGGUCCUACGAUGUGGGAAAUGGGGGCUGGGGCAAUGGGGAGCUACAGACGUACACAGAUUCACCGGCGAAUGUCCGUGUAGAAAAUGGUUUCCUCAAGAUCAUUGCACAAAAAGAUGAGUACACCAAUCCUCCAACUUUCACAUCUGCUCGAAUCAAGACUGAAGGCAAGAUGAGCUUCAAAUAUGGGACAAUGGAGGCUCGGGUGAAGAGCCCUGACGUCGAUGCUGGGCUCUGGCCCGCCUUCUGGACCUUAGGGGCUAAUGUUGAUCAAGUAGGCUGGCCAAAAGCUGGUGAGGUGGACAUCAUGGAACUGGGUCAAGGCAUUGCCAAUGCUGCUGGCCUUGGAAACAAGCGUGUGGUGAGCGCAGCUCACUGGGACUACCAAGGCAACUAUGCUACAUACGCCAACUACUAUGACUCGCCCACGAAUCUAUCAGAAGCCUUUCAUGUCUAUCGUUUGGAGUGGACACCAGAGAGGAUGACAACUUUCGUUGACGACGCCAAGAUUUGGGAAAUGAUCAUUGACGAAAGCGCAUGCGCUGAUUGCGAAGAGCUACAUCACCCGCAUUUCAUCUUAUUCAACAUGGCUGUUGGCGGUGGGUUCACAUCAGGUAGCUCCUCCUCCUCCUCGUCAGGAGGGAGCAGCUGCGCUGGCUCCAGCAGCUCUAGCUCUGGCAGCCACGGUGGCUGUGGCAGUGAUCCUGAUGACAUUACCGCCCCCUUCCCUGGUGAGAUGGUUGUGGACUGGGUUCGCCUCUAUGACAAUGGGUUCACCGAAGUAGACAUCCUGCCGACUCCUCAGCCUACCCCGAUCCUUUCCCCCGCGCCAACGUCACCAGCCCCAACGAAAGCCCCGAUUUCAAAUCCACCAACCAAAGGUCCGGUCUCAAAUCCACCAACCAAAGCCCCGGUUUCAAAUGCCCCGGCCUCAAAUCCACUAACGAAGGCGCCCGCGACAACAGUAUUCACGUCGGCUCCAACGAAAUCACCAACCACAAUGAUGCCAACUUCUGCACCGACACUCAGUGACAGACUGCUAAAUACGCCCUAUCCUACCACGACUUCGCCUCGAGUCCCUCCAACACUCUCACCCCCAACAAGCUUCGAUGAAGGAGACGAUGACGAUGAUGAUUCAUACAUUGAUUCCAUCGACUGUGUUUCACGUAGUGGGUCUCGCAGCAGUGGCAAGGGAAAGGGCGGUAAGGGCAAAGGUGGCAAAGCUGGGGGGUCGAGCCGAAGGAGUAGCAGUGGUGGCAAAGCUGGGGCGUCAAGGCGAGUGAGUAGCAGAAGUGGAAAGUCUGGUAAGGGAGGCAAACGAGUCCGACGCCUUUCCAAUUCAAAUGGGAAAGGACGAAGCAAAGGCAACAGCGGCAGCGCAAGAAGUGGGUGUCACUCACCGGGUAAUUCCCGCGUUGGAGCGAGCCAACAACCGAAAACAACCUACGUGGCGUCCCACGCUGCGAUUGCAAGUGCUGCAGCAACGCCUUUCUCCUUUUCUGUGGUGGCAUCCCUUGGUAUUGGUGUUUUGCUUGGGUGCGCUUUCGUCCUGUAAUCAAGGUGGAACUCCUCCUACUCCUGCCUCGAUUGUGUUUGUUAUUUGUACUUGCCGAGUGAAUUGGCCAGUACUACCUGUAAACGCAAGAGCGAUGUGCUUGUCUCUGGAGAUUUUUUGUGGAUUUGAAAGUGCUGCAUGUAUAGAUAGUGCUAUAAGAGCUAGUAGACUGCCCCCCUCAUCAUAGACGUACGGUUC